GGAGAUCCGGGGCGAAUGCUGGGGGUCCCCGACCCAGCGGCUCCUCCUCCUGCUCCUCUCCUGCUUCCUCCUCCUCCUCCUCUUCCUCGCCGGCGCCGUUUUCAAGGGAGCGCGGAGGCGCGGAGGGAGACGCGCUUGGAUGGGGGGCCCGGGCCAGUGCUGUCGGAGGAGGCGGAAAGGGGGAUGAGGCUGCUGCCCCCUUCCUCUCCCGGCUGCCCUCCUUCCCCGCCGGGCUCCUCUCCGUCCUUCUCCUCGGCGGGGGGCCGGAGGCGGCGGAUGGCGGCGGCGGGCUCGGCGGCCUCGUCGGGCUGCGGCUUCUUCCUCUGCAGAGGCCCCCGCACCCGCUUGCCGGUGGGCGCCGGCGCCUUGGGCUUCUUCUUUGUCCUCUGCUGGCUCUACGUCUUCCCCGUCUACCGCCUGCCCGGCGAGAAGGAGAUCGUGCGCGGCGUGAGGCUCCAGCAGAAGGGCCGAGCCUGGCGGAGGGACCCCCACGCCGCCCACGCCUUCAGGAAACUGCUGAAAGAGUGCUGUGACCCUGGUCAGCUCUUUGCAAUGACCAAGGAGAACUCUCCGGUGGGGAAGAACCUCUGGUAUGAUGGUGAAUUUCUCUACUCCUUCACCAUUGACAAUGAAACCUUCUCGCUUUUCCCAAAGGCAACUCCUUUCCAGCUGCCCUUGAAAAAAUGCUCUGUGGUCGGAAACGGUGGGAUUUUGAAGAAGAGCAACUGUGGCAGACAAAUAGAUCAAGCGGACUUCGUCAUGCGAUGCAACCUUCCUCCCCUCACCAGUGAGUACAGCAAGGAUGUUGGGUCCAAAACUCAGCUGGUAACCGCAAAUCCUAGCAUAAUUAAGAAAAGGUUCCAGAAUCUUCUUUGGUCCCGGAAAGCGUUUGUAGACAGUGUGAAAGUCUACAACCAGAGCUACAUAUAUAUGCCAGCCUUUUCCAUGAAAGCGGGGACGGAGCCCUCCCUCCGGGUUUAUUAUACUCUAGCGGACGUUGGUGCUAGGCAAACAGUGAUCUUUGCCAACCCAAACUUCCUGCGUGACAUUGGAAAGUUUUGGAAGAGCAAGGGCAUUCACGGGAAGCGGUUGUCGACGGGCCUCUUCCUGGUCAGUGCCGCCUUGGGUAUGUGCGAAGAAGUAACAAUUUAUGGUUUUUGGCCUUUUUCGAUGGACCUGCAUGGAAACUUCAUCAGUCAUCAUUAUUACGAUAACGUCUUGCCUGAUUCAGGCUUCCACGCCAUGCCGGAGGAAUUCCUACAGCUGUGGUUCCUUCACAAAAGUGGGGUCUUGCGAAUGCAGCUGGAACACUGUGAAGACUCUAUAUUCCAUCCUGCAUCUUGAGAACUUCAGAGAAGGUCUGAAGGAGCUUGUUUCUUUCAUGUGAUAUGGGGGGAAAACACAAUCUGGAAGAGGAGAUGGAGAAAGAAAUAGCCAAACCCAGAGUUGCAUGUCCAGUAAGAAAUUGUGCCAUUGACAACUUGAAGGUUCAUUGAAGAAGUAAGAGUCCUUACAUGCCAUGUUCCGUGAGUUCCUUGGUGGAUAUUAUUCCACGAAAUGACAGAAUUCAACUGAGCGAUGUAAUCCAAGGGCGUUUUAAGGUUUUGGGAUAGGGUUACAAAGGGCUUUCUGUGACAGUACUGAAUAUUUCAUGUUCCUAAGAUUCUAAGACUGAUACCAAUAUGAUUGGGAAUAUGUUUCUUUAGUGUCAUUUCUUCCUUGGUUUCCAAAGCUGGAUCUUGAAAGGUGCCUGCAGCCACCCAUUCCUAUUUCUUUCAAGAAGCAUUGAGCAAAUAGCAGAACUGUGCCAAUUUUCUCUCCUUUGUUUUUUUUUAAAAGAAGAAACAAAAAUAGUGGCGUGUUUCAAUUGCAAGGUCCUCCAGUCCUUGUAGCACGAACUGGAAAAAUGAGUUUUUUUAUCAAAAAUGUGAAUGUUUUUUAGCGAAGCAUUUAUUUUUUAUGAAAUGGUUGCCCAGAUUUUUUCCACAUAGGCUUAUUGCAGCAAAGUACAGUUCUUGUUAGGUAGUCAAGGUUGCUUCUGGUCAAAAACUAUCAUGCAUCCUUUCAUGCGACAUCGAAGUAAGCCACGAUUCUGAGCCGGCCUCAAUAUAUCGCAAUGUCAUAACUCGCUUCAUGAUAAAAAAACAAAACAAGCCUAUGUCAUAUGCUGCCAGUCCUGGGUUUUGUAGAAGCUGACUUGAGCCAAUUUUGUGAUGUUGGAAAGUUACAUGCUGUUUAUUUUAAGUGUUUCUUCCUACAUGCCUUUGUAUUUCCAGAACUUUCCAAGAAGGCCAUACAUUGCACUUUUCACGGUCAUGCAUUCCACAGAAUUUGGAAAAGUUUGUAUCAAAAAGUAAUCAUAUCUACAGUUUCAAGCUGUCCUUGUUAGAUUUAUACCUGUGUUUUUGAAGUUGCUCAUUCCUUCUGUAUUGUUCAAAGCAUUCACUUUUGAAGCAGCUUCCUUCUAAAUAUUGGAAAGCUGCCUUGGUCAGGCUGUCUAUCCAUUACUGUAAAAGAAACUAAACCCUUGUAGUGAUACUGAAGAAAAUGUGGUGUUAUCCCUUUUCCAAAUUACUGUUGUAAUGCAACUUAGCUAUGCCCUAAUUGUUUUUAAAAGAAACUAAUUGUAGUUAACUUUAUUUAUAGCUGGUUAUUGGCAGUCCCUAGUCAAAAAGGAUUUUGGAGAAAGAACCAUAGAUCAGGGAUUUUUUUUGUUGUUGCAAGGAAAUGAUUUCAUAUUAAUCUUGGUUGAAUCCAAAGUUGAAUUACUGAAGUGCUUCUGUUUAACAAUAUGAGAAUAGAUGAUUGGAUUAACAUAAUUGAUUUCCUCUCCAAUAAUGUUGGUUUGUCAUGUGUUAACUGACUGGUCCAAGUCAAUGUCUUUGAACUAUUUUCAGCUUAACCCCGAUAUGAUCGGUCUCAAUCUCCUUAAAACCUCUGAAUUUUUCAGGUUGGUAAACUAUAGCUUUGAGCUGAGUAAAUGUAAUGAGAAGCUGUAUGCCAAGAUUGAAUUCCUGUUAAAUACAUUGUUCAGCUGUGUAGACAACUACAUCAAGGAUUCAACAAACUUAAUAUUAUUUGUGACACGAAUUGAGAAUAAGACAGUGCCAACAACUUAUUUCCAAGCAUGGGGAAGUUCAUUAUUUGGACUACAAGUCCCAGAAUCCUCUGGGCAGUGUGGUCAAGUAGUAUUUCCACAUUACAUAUGGGUCCAGUGUCAAACUUGGGGAGAAGAAACUUCUCCAAAUUCUCCUCGAAUUUUUGAUAUCAACACAUAUUCCACCUUUUCAUCUGAUGCUGACAUAUUAGUUGAAUUUUCAUUGAAUUUUGUGUGUCUUACCAUAAUGAAAACAAAGUAUGCCUUUUUCCCAAUAGCAAAAUGGCUGUUUUAUUGAUAUGCAAAUUCAUGCAGUUAAUUGACUUAGAUUGUGUAAUUUUAAUUUAAAUUCCAUAAAUCUCUUUCUAAAUUAGUGUUUGGCCAAAAUGGCACACCUUUCAAUGGCACACAUACAGGUUGCAGUAAGUGGCAUUUUCAUCGUUGGAGACGGUGCCAUGUUGAAUGUCGCCACCGAUGUCAAAGGGAAGGUGAAUAUAUCUUCUCAGAUGAGAACUAUGUUCUGUUUUUACAUAUAUUUGUGAUGAAGAAUAAUUCAUUAACAUUUCUGUGUGCUUUUUAAAAACGUUAAUCAAGGAUGCCUUUUCAGCAAAUUAAAAUGGGUUUAGUCUAAUCAAUGAAUCAAACGUUGGAGCGGAGAUACUUAUCUGUACUUGACAGCCAAUGAUAUUUGAUUGUAGAGAUGUUAAUUUGCAAUAUUAGAUUACUGGUAUGUUCAGAAAGUGGUUUUGGUGGUUUCUGGUAUUUGAAGUUGAGAACGUAAACACUUUUAUAUUUGAUGCUUGCCAAAAUGAGAUCACCUUGAAGACGUCAGACUUCUUCAGAUCUGCAGAUCUUAAAAUACAAACUAUUUAAAGAUAUUUGGGUUCUUUUUAAUCCCAGUCUGGGGCAUGUCACCAUUUACAGCAACCAACAAUGAUGGACUUCUCUCAUGUUUGCCCACCAGAACGUUUCUUCAUCUGUUAAUAGAUGCAUUCAGUUUAUACAGUGAUCAUUUGAAUUAUCAGCAUGAUAACAUGGUUGAAUUAGUUAUACAGUAGAGUCUCGCUUAUCCAACGUAAACGGGCCGUCAGAACUUUGGAUAAGCGAAUAUGUUGGAUAAUAAGGAGAGAUUAAGGAAAAACCUAUUAAACAUCAAAUUAGGUUAUGAAUUUACAAAUUAAGCACCAAAACAUCAUGUUAUACAACAAAUUUGACAGAAAAAGUAGUUCAAUGCACAGUAAUGCUAUGUAGUAAUUACUGUAUUUACGAAUUUAGCACCAAAAUAUCAUGAUGUAUUGAAAACAUUGACUACAAAAAUGUGUUGGAUAAUCCAGAAUGUUGGAUAAGCGAGUGUUGGAUAAGUGAGACUCUACUGUACUUUAUUUUGUUGAGUAUCCUGUGAGCAAUUUCAUUCUAUAAAAUAUACUAGUUAUUAUCAGAAGAACUGGAAACAUGAAAGUAUUUGCAGCAUGGCUCCUGGUAAAAGUAAGAGCAAUGCUUUCUGCUUUAACUCUGAACUGAUUUUUUUUUUGCCAUCAUUACCACCCAAAUCUAAUUGAAAUGGCUUUGUGAUGUGGCACCAUCACAAAGCCAUUUCAGAGUAAUGUUCAAGAGUUAUUGCCCUUACUCUGAACUGGGACUGGCUCCGUGGUGCCACGCUAUCACAACAUACAAAGUCAGAUCCCAGAUAAACUGGAAUUAUACUUCCAAGGAGUUACAGUUAAAUAGAUAUGAAUUAUGCUGCAGCAACAACUGAUAAGAAUUAUCAGUAUUAGUGAACUGCAGCAGAAAAGUAAGAGGUGGGAGACAUUUCCCUUUCGAAACCUUCAGUUUUUGUGUCAAAAUUAUCCCUGAAGAAGUUCAGAGCAGUAUUAUCAUGGCUUGUAUGGACCGUGUAACAUGUUCCUUGGGAAAUGUGGGUAUAGAUAGAAAAACAAAGAAGCCAUUUCACUCAAGCUGUAUGGAGAAUAUUGCUAACAAAAAGUAUAACUCCAUAUCUAACGAUAUAAAAUGUCAAUGUUUGCAAAUAUUUAUAUUAUAUGGGUAUAUUUGCUAGGGAUCAUACUUUCCUUAGAACUAAGUCAGAGCUGAUCCAUGUGUUGAAACAGGCACAUUGGUUCAAUCCUUCUGAUAUUCUACUCCUUUGGAAAAUGUGGGUCUGUGUGUCACAUACUUAGAUGCUUCUUCCAAAGGCAUAAAAAGUCAGGGUCAGUCAGAAAUGUAGGUUUCAACCAUGUCUCUUGAUGUGCUAGUUUUCCAGGAAUUUGGUCUUUGGUAGGGAUGAGCGCCCAGUCAUAUGAUGAACUGUGUAUUUGUAUAAACCCGAGAGCAUGCAUUUAGGUGGAGAUUGAUAGAAAGAAGGGUAAAUAGAAAGAUAGAUAAAUAAAUGGAUAGAUAGUAAGAUAUAUAUGUUAUGCAUGCAGAAAAUUCAGGCAACAGUCUUGAGGGGUGUAUUCGUAUAGGAUUAGAUUUGUCAGUUUUGCUCGAGGGUUUUGGUUGGACAAGAGGUGAUAAAUAAAUGCCUGCAAUGAAUAAAUAAUAUGAAUAGAUAUAUAUCACUAAGGGAAUAAUAACCAAUGGUCCAAACAUUUGGCAUUGUUUUUUCCCAAAUGUGUUAUAAAUGAAAUAUGGUACCUGUAUUACAAUGUAUUUGGUCUUCACAUUUGAUGUGGUGCCGGUGUCCUUUAUCUGAGUAGGAAGACUCACAUGAAGUGUUUAAGAUAACUCUGAGUUAUAGCACUAACUCAAUACACCUGACAGCCAAACACUUAAAAAUGGGACUUCAAAAUGAAGUUCUAUUUGGUUAUUAUUUUAUGUCAGCUUUCUCUGCCUGCAAGAGGUGGCUUUCAGGUGGUUUGCAAGGGAACAUUUGGCUCAGAGAUAAACUCAAUACUGUUGACUUCACCAAAUCGUGGUUAGGUCAUCUCAAUGGGUUAGAUUGAAGUGGGCAUUUCUUCCAGAAUGAGGAUUGAUUCCAUUGCUGAAAGGGGAUCAUUUCUUUAGACUCCCUUUGCUGAAGGAAAUUUAUUUCGGUGCAGGAAGGGAACAUUUGGUCAUAAAGAUAUCCACUCAUGGAACAGAGAACACCAAGUUUUUCUCUCUGGAUAAUUUGACUUGGGGCCUCCCAUCCUGAAACACAGACAGGUGUCCCAAAAAGAAUUAAGCAGGAUGUUGUCUUUGAUGAAGUAGCCAUGUGCUUCCAAUUGUCACCCUUCAAGCUAAUUGUGGAUUUUAGCUUGGAGGAGAUUGCUGACUCCAGAUCAAGGUUGAUAAAUGGUGGAGCAGAGGAAGUGCAUAUGUUAGGCGAUAUCCCAUGAUGUCACCUAAUAAAGUUUUUGUCAUUCUGUCAAAAAUGGGUAAAAGUGGUUCAGAGUGAUGGCCAUCAUUCUAUAUUCCAGUCUGUGUAGUAUAACUUUUCUCAUAUUUAACUACUUAGCGGGUGGCAUACCUAGUGAGUUGCAGAGAUUCAUAUCAGGAUACUGGUAGGAGUGUCCCAAUGAUGUACUAAACCAGGCAUGGGCAAACUUUGGCCCUCCAGGUGUUUGGACUUCAACUCCCACAGUUUCUAACAGCAUAUAGAUCAGCGUUACUCAACCUAAGGAUCGGGACCCCUGGCAGGGUCACUUGGGGGUUUAAGAAGGAUUGCCAAAGACCAUCAGAAAAUACAUAUUAAUUCAUAGUGCUCUCCAGAGGUAGGUGAACUCCAUCACUCUGAAAUCACUGUCAAUUCCUCCCAAGUCCCUCCAAUAUUUUCUGUUGGGAAUGAGGUUCUGUGUGGGAAGUUUGGCCCAGUUCUAUCAUUGGUGGGGCUCAAAGGGCUCUUUAAUUGUAGGUGAACUAUACAUCCCAGCAACUAGAACUAUGAAAUGUCAAGGUCUAUUUUCCCCAAACUCCAUCAGUGUUCACAUUUGGGCAAAUUGAGUAUUUGCACCAAGUUUGGUCCAGAUCCAUCAUUGUUUGAGCCCACAGUGCUCUCUGGACGUAGGUGAACUACAACUCCAAAACUCAAGGUCAGUUCCCAUCAAACCAGUAUUUUAUGUUGGUCAUGGGAGUUCUGUGUGCCCAGUUUGGUUCAAUUCCAUCAUUGGUGGAGUUCAGAAUGCUCUUUGAUUGUAGGUGAGCUAUAAAUCCCAGCGACUACAACUCCCAAAUGACAAAAUCAAUCCCCCCCCCCAACCCCAUCAGUAUUCAAAUUUGGUGUUGGAUAUUUGUGCCAAAUUUGGUCCAGUGAAUGAAAACGCAUCCUGCAUAUCAGAUAUUUACAUUACGAUUCAUAACAGUGGCAAAAUGACAGUUAUAAAGUAGCAACGAAAAUAAUUUUGUGGUUGGGGGUCACCAUAAUAUGAGGAACUGUAUUAAGGGGUCAUGGCAUUAGGAAGGUUGAGAACCACUGCUAUAGGUUGUUAGGAAUUUUGGGAGUUGAAGUCCAAAACACCCGGAGGGCCCAAGUUUGCCCAUGGCUGUACCAAACUCACUUCAUUGGUUUCUCUACAUAAUAAGGUCACGACAACCCUUUGUUGUGAGACUAUGCAAUUCUCCUUCCCACAGACACAAGUCCACUCAUGUAGACAUAAGUCCCAUACUGAAUUCCAGCCUAUACUUUAUAGUGAACAAGGGAGAGAAAGGUCAGGUUUUUGACAACUGUAUGAAGCGGAAAAGUUAUGUAGCCGAACACAGAUAAUUUUACAAUACAAACAGGAAAGAGAAGUGGCUUAGUACUUUUGAAAAAUGUAAAGCCUAGCAGAACACACACACCUCUCCUCUCCCACCUGAAAAGCUAUAGUAUUUCUUUCUCUCAGAGUUUCCAAGGCUGUCUUGUUUUCAAUAGAUGCCCAUGGCCUUUUCCAUUUUGAUCAUCCCCAGUCCGAGAUGUUGUUAGAAAAACAAAACAGCCCUUGAGGGCUGCUCUUUAAAAAUCACAAGGCCACUGAAAUAUGAAAAGAAAGAAAGAAAUGUUGCAAGCUUAUGUAACGUCGUCCCUCUAACUUCUAUCAACGGAUUAUGUAAGAAUCUUCAUCUCAAGGCAACUGUGAAUUUCGCAGUACUUAAAAGACCCACAUUUCAAUAUUAGUCAGAAAACUGAUUGUACUCUAGUAAACAUAAAGUGUCACCCCGCUUCUUUUCUGUCACCCCUCUUUUUAAUGUAUUUGCUAUGGCAGCCUAAUCUACCUGACACCUUCCAGACUGCAAUUCCUAUUGUCCACGCUAGAUAGUUGGAGGAUACCAGUUUGAAGUGAGCUGUUUUAUGGAACAGGAUAGAAGAAUAAUUUCAUUAACGUUAGCUUUGACCAUGAUAGUGGACAUAAAUGUUAGAUCCAGAGAAGGGUGACCAAAAUGCCAUAGGUUUGGAAACUAAGCCCUGGGAGAAACAGCUGGGAGUAUUUAUUCAUUUAUUUGUUUGUUUACAGUAUUUAUAUUCCGCCCUUCUCACCCCGAAGGGGACUCAGGGCGGUUCACAAUUCACACAUACACGGCAAACACUCAAUGCCGUUUUAGACAUCAAGACAGACAGACAGAUAAGGUAUGUUGGUGUCUUCCAACUUCAGCACCUGGAGGUUAUGCUCAAUUCCGGCCACAGGGGGGUGCUGGUGUUUCAUCCACUGUGAUGCCGAGUCCUUUUUGAUUGUAGUAUUUCCUCCUUGUUCUUUGAUGGUCAGUAUUUUUAUGGUGUUGCAAAAUACUUCCCCCGCUUCAAGCGGUGCCUAAUUUUUCUACUUACAGCUCAGCUGUUUUUGAACUGCUUAAGUGGGCAGUAAGCUAGGCUUCACAAUUGGGUGCUCAUUCCGAUUCAGGCUUCGAACUUGCCACCUUCCGGUCAGCAGCGAUCUAUUGCUGCUGGUGAUUAAGCAGCUAUGCUAUAGCCCGGCCUUUCACUGGGAGUAUCUUCACUGGGAGAAGAAAAGAUUGAGAGAUUAUUUGAUAGAAAUUUUUAAACAUGGUAAUUGUCAGAUAGAUGAUCAACCAAGCUUGUUUUCUGACCCCAUAGAAGUUAAUGGGAUGGCCAUUGCAAAUAGAACAACUGGGCGUUCACAUCAGAGGUCAUAUGGUGUAUGGGCAUUAAUUGCCAGUUUGUAAGCCACCCUGAGUCCCCUCGGGUGAGAAGGGCGGGGUAGAAAUGAUGGAAACAAAUAAAUAAAUAUCCUUGAUGGGAAUCAUAUCACAAUUGGCCAUACAUGCAUGGGUAGCUGUGAGUUUUCCGGGCUGUAUGGACAUGUACCAGAAGCCCACAUCUAUGGCAGGCAUCCUCAGAGGUUGUGAAGUCUGUUGGAAACUAGGCAAGUUGGUUUUAAAUAUACCUGUGGAAUAAUGUCCAAGGUGGGAGAAAGAACUCUUGUCUGUUUGAGGCAAGUGUGAAUGUUGCAAUUGGCCAGCUUGAUUAUCAUUGAAUAGCCUUACAGCUUCAAACCUGGCUGCUUCCUGCUAGGGGGAAUCCUUUGUUGGGAGGUGUUAGCUGGCCCUGGUUGUUUCCUGUCUGUAAUUCCCAUUUUCUGAGUGUGGCUGCAAGGCUAUUCAGUGCUAAUCAAGGUGGCUAAUUGCAACAUUCACAUUUGCCUCAAACAGACAAGAGACUUGCUUAGUUUCCAACAGACUUCACAACCUCUGAUAAUGCCUGCCAUAAAUGUGGGUGAAAUGUCAGGAAAGAGUGUUUCUGGUACAUGUCCAUACAGCCUGGAAAACUUACAGCAACCAAGUGAUUCUGGCCAUGAAAACCUUCGACAACACAUACAAUACCAUACAUGGUUUAAAUAGAAGAUACAAAACACUAUCUUUUACUGGGCUGAUUUAUAUUUCUGCAAGAACCAUUCUGAAAUGACUUUAUAAUGUUUGGCUUUACUUGGGCUUUGGCCAAUUUGAAGAAGUUUCUCAGCAAAUCUUGUCAAAAACAUGAAGCUUGCAAAAAGUAAAUUCUCAUCCUAGAAUUGUUAAUAUCAUAACAUGUAUUUUAUGUUGCAUUUAUUCAGCCAGACUUGAAUUUUUUGUCUUGAUAGCAACUUCAUAAGGCAAUUCAUUUUUGUAUCCCUAUUUUAUUGAUAAGUAAAUAGUUAGGCAAGAGUGGAUCUAUCUUAAUCUAUUUAGAUAUUUCCUAACUCUUGGACUGAUCGUGGAUUUGCAUCACCUCUGCAAACUGGUUAAAUUUGAACAUUCCCACCACAGGCUGACUUGACUCCACAGGUAACACCUAAUUCUUGGUUUAGAUGUCGAUUUCCAGAUAAAAUUUAAAUUUAUAAAAUCAGAAAAAGUGGCCAAAUAUUUGGUUGCUGCUUACUUUGGCAAUGUUAAAUGAUGAACUUCCAUAGAUAAAAACUGACAUGAAUAUUCUCCAGUUUGGUUAGGCACAUAAGAUGCCAGCAUUAAUCAUUUUUAACAAAUCUUGAAUGAUAUGGGGUGAAUGGAGUCCAUUGGGUAGAUUUUACCAAUGUUAUUAUUGCAAGUGAAAAUUACACUGGAGCUUUAACAAGCUAUGGGAUUGUAUCCAUUCAUGUUUGUAAUGGCUGUCCUCAUGGGGACUGUCUGGUAGAUUUAAAUCUUGAGAACUGUCUCUUAUGUGGAAGCAGUUAGAUCAGAGUCAACUAUGAUAUAAACCAGUGGUUCCCAACCUGUGGUCUGUGGACCACCAGUGGUCCCCAAGAACUAAAAUAUGGUCUGCGGCCACAUAGCUCUAGAUUAUUAAAUCUGGUUGUCUGUAGGUGAGCAAAUAGCAACUUCUGAACGGCGUAUGUCCUGUAUCAGAAGCUAAAGAUGAUGUAGUCUAUCCAAAGCAAUUUUCUGAAUCAGCACCCCAAAUAAUCAAACCAAAUCUAAAGUUGACCAAAAACUGAUUCGUAACCCUUUUGGUACUAGGGUUGGAAAGUGGUCCCUGGUCAAAAAAGGUUGGGAACCACUGAUAUAAAUAAAUGGAUGAAUAUUAUACAAGGUGAUAAAAUAUGUUCUUCAAAAGGAGAAAGUGUCAAUCUGCCAUAAUUGUAUAAUUUGCAUGUGUAUGUCAAAGGUAUGCAAUUGCAUGCGGUUAUAAAAUCAUUGCAUUCAGAUCUGAGAGUUGUUCCUCAGGUCCUUGUUUUGUGGAAAUAACAAAGGGAAAGGCAACCUGGAAAACACAAACUUCAUUUUUUCUGACUUUGCUUUCCUUUUUCUUAAAUUAUUUGCCUUACUUUCUUCUAAAAAUAAUGGUACUUAUAAUAAGAUUAUAAAUUACAGGAAAGGGAGAGAGAACAAGGAUGUGCUGUCCUAUGAGGACAUUUACUUUUGGCUGGACAUUGUCAGAAUUUCUCAGAAGGUUUGCUUCAGUGGAAAUCUCUAUAUUUGCUUCAAAAAUCAAAAGAGAACUUUUGGCUUUCCUAAUAUUAACGUACACAACUCAUUAUACUUCACUAUUAUCCAGGCUGGCUGUGGCUGAUGGGAAUUUGAGUUCCCGAAUAUCUUGAGAUACUCAGACAAUCCUGCCUGCAUUUAAGAUUUGGAGUUGUUGUAGGUUGUUUUUGACAUACAUACACACACACACAGAGGAGCCGCAGUGGUGCAGUGGGUUAAACCACUAAGCUACAAAACUUGCUGAUCAGAAGGUCGGUGGUUCAAAUCCGUGGAGCAGGGUGAGCUCCCAUAGUUAGCCCCGGCUUCUGCCAACCUAGCAGUUCGAAAACAUGCAAAUGUGAGUAGAUCAAUAGGUACUGCUUCGGUGGGAAGGUAACAGCGCUCCAUGCAGUCAUGCCGGCCACAUGACCUAGGAGAUGUCUAUGGACAACGCUGGCUCUUUGGCUAAGAAAUGGGGAUGAGCACCCCCCCCCCCAAACUAUACUUAAUGUCAAGAGGAAACCUUUGCCUUUAUACACACACACCAGCUUGUCCCCAAAAAUCAGCUCAACAAAUGCAAUACAAAUGAAACAUAGAAAAUAUAAGCAUUAACAUAGAAUUAAAACUAUUGUUACCAUAUUUAAAACAUGCAACAAAACAAUAAAAAUCAUGACUCAACCAUUGAUCUUGGGCAAGUGAUACCUUUUCAGCCUAAGAGGAAGACAAUAUGAAUAAAUAUUUCCAAGAAAACAUUGAGAUAAGGUUGAUGUGAGUCAGAACUGACUUAAAAGCAUAUAAUGAAAACAACAACUUCAAAACAUAAAUAAAUCAUUACAAAUUACUUAGGCAACAAGGUCCUCAAAACACUAUGAAAUCUUUAGAUUUCAGGUCUCUCCUUAACAUAUGCAAGCUUUACCAAUUGCAGAAAUUCACCUUAUAUCAUUUGGCACUGAACUGAAAGAUGCCUUUAAAGUAUCAUAUCAUUUAAGUUUGAGUUCAACCUCAAAUGACUCCUUCCUAACAUAGGUAUCUCCAUCUGUGUACCACAGUUCUGCAGAAAUGGCAUAAAUGUGUGACACAACCCUCCUUCCGGAAAUGCUUAUUUUUAAUUUAAGACAAGACAAAUUAUUCUAGCCCACCUGGCUGCAAAAAUACAUUUCAAAGUAUGUGGGUCAUGUUUGGUAAGUACGACUUUUGGAGAUGCGUGUGUGCCCCUGUCUAGUCAGCAUACAUAAGACUUCAGCCUUAAUUUUUCACCAUUGCAGUCAACAGACUUUGAAAGUGCUCAACUUUCAGGCAGUUGUGCCCACCCUUUGUUGGUUUACACUGUUAACAAAUAUUUGAAUUUACCUUGCUUUCUUUGGCAAUAAAACCAGUGUUUAUGCUUUCUGUUCAUUCUUGUGCCAUUCUCCUUUAAUGAAUGCUUUCUGGUGAGCUGCCUUUUGUUGCUCUGCCCAAACAUGUAAGGUGCCUGAAGCUAACCAAGACUGUGUUGUUGUUCAGUGUACUUAAUGAUCGUUUCUGAGCGUAUGGUCAUAAAAACAGAGAUGAGGAGCAUGUGACCUUCUGGAUGUUGUGAGACCACUUGGUUUGUGGGCAGGAAUUAAUGAGAGAAGAGGUCCAACACCAUUUGGAGAGUCCCAUGUCCCUCAGGAGACCAUAAGGGUUUUGUAUGAAAUCUAUCAGGCACAGUUUGUUCAUGCACAUGGAGAACAAUGAACUGAUGUUUUAUACUUUUUACUUGUGGAUCCUUACCACCUUGUUUCUCAACGCAUUCAACUGGGAGAUACAUAUCUGUUGCUUUGUUUAAUUCGUCAGAAAUGUCUGAAAUGAAAUGUUCUUGUUAUUUAUUAUUUGGUGUUCAUCGUCCAAACCAAUAAAGAAUUCUGUUUUCAAAAA